AUGUCAAAACCCAGCACGCAACAGCAAAAGAACAUUUUGAACACCGUUAUUGGUGCUUUGCCGGACAACCGGCCGAUAACAUCGCUACAGCUUGUAGAAGAGUUUGAGAAAUGCCCAAAACAUUUUCAGCCCAUCAAUAAGACCUACGAUCAAGACCAAGAUGCCGAUUUAUGGCGCGAGAAAAUGCUGAUCGGAAAACGGACGACAAGGUAUUUGUGUCAAUCCAAAUCGGAAGGACUGCCAGGCUACAUUGUGGAGACGCUGAAAAUAAUAAACGAAAAGGAAAUCACUCCCGAGGGCUUCUCGCAGCUGACGAGAACUGCUGACACGGAGCAGAAGGCAUGGCGCAAAAAGCAACUCGUCUAUCGGCUCGCUAAAAAGGGUUCCGCCAAACAGGCCAUUACGGAUAUCAUUCUGUGUUCGAGGCUCCGCCAAGCUCCGGAAGGUUUUACAUUGGCCGGAGAUAUAAACGGAAUUCUGGUGUGCUUUAAAUUAUCACCGGUGCCCCAUCGUCCAUCUCCAAGCGUUCCGUCCCGGCAGAGUAUAACUGACCUUGAGAAAACUAUUGAAAAUUUAAAGAUACAGUCAAGUGUGAGUAAUCCACAAGAAAAUGAGUACGUGCAACUGUUAUCGUCAUAUCAGCUUUCACCAAAGCGUGUAGCCCCUAAGCCUCCCAUGUAUUCAACCGGUACGUUGAAUAUUCACACCGACGUGGAAGGCGUUCCAUUUGUGCUCAAUCCCGCCUUAAAACAAUACUCCACCAAUAUCCCUGCCGUAUAUGAACUGGCCGACGCACAGCUAGAAUAUGAUUUCCAUUUAGAAAGGCAAGUACUGUGCACCACCAAAUCGCAAAAUGUUCAAUUGACAAAUCCGUUCUUCCAAUGAGCCAAACCAU